GGUAGCAUGCAGGGCGGGGGCGCGCCGGCUGCGGACGCCGACCAGGCCCAGUUCGAGGCCGACAAGCGGGCCGUGUACAAACACCCUCUGUUCCCACUCCUCGCUCUGCUACUGGAGCGGUGCGAGCAAGCCACGGCUGGGGCGGAGCCCCCGGCCGCCGACGCCUUCGGGGCAGACUUACAAGCGUUCGUGCAGCACCAGCGGAGGGACCGGCGCCCCUUCCUGGUCGACGACCCAGAGAUCGAUGGGCUGAUGAUUAAGAGCAUACAGGUCCUCAGGAUCCACCUGCUAGAGCUAGAGAAGGUGCAAGAGCUAUGCCGCGACUUCUGCGGGCGGUACAUCGCCUGCCUCAAGACUAAGAUGCAGAGCGAGAAUCUGCUGAGGACUGAUUACACUGGUGGAGGCGUAGAGAGCAACAACAAUUUAUCCGGGUCUCUGGACGACCACUCUAGCACAUCAAAUUCUCCUCAAUAUCAGUCGCCUCCCGCGCCGGCCGCGCAAUAUCCGUCGGUGUUCCCGCCGCACACCGAAUUGCCUUACCCCGUUAGUUCGAGAGAUCCACCAUCGCUAGUCGUUCAAGGUUCCACACCGAUCAGUCAAAUAGGAGCCGGAUUGAUUCCAACGGACUCAUUCACAGGAACGAACUCCAACAACUCCUGCUCCUCAGUAUCCGGUUCGCCGCCGCCAGAAGACGAAGGUGACGACGCGAGCGGCAAGCGCGGCGUGCUGCCGCGACACGCGACACAGGUCAUGAGAGCCUGGCUGUUUCAGCACCUUGUGCAUCCCUACCCCACGGAAGAAGAGAAGCGUUCCCUAGCAGCUCAGACACGGCUGACUUUGUUACAAGUCAACAACUGGUUCAUAAACGCGCGUCGCCGCAUCCUACAGCCAAUGUUGGAUUGCACUGACAAGCCUGGUGGCAAGAAAAGCAAAAACGGCUCGUCCAUAAACAAGAGAUACUGGCCCGACGCUCUGUCCAAUCCACAAUUUACAGCAGGCCUGCUAUCCUCAUCAGAAGACGAGGACCAGGACGGAGACCAAUCAGGCGACGAACAGGAGACCAGGAACGAAGACUCGCGAGACCACACCAACUUUCCACCACUACAGCAACCGAUGCACUAACUCUGAGGUGAUGAUGUAUGUCUAUACUAUACAGCGUGUUUUGAAGGUGGCUGAUAAAGUGUCUGAUAGUUUAUCAGGAAGUUAUCUGUCAGAUAAAGUACAAGAUUUAGUUUGGAGUAAGUCUGUUUUGCGUUUGCUUAUAAGGUCUCUGAUAGCCUAUCAGGGACUUAUCUGUCAGAUAUAUUUUAUCAUAAUGUGGAAUUAGUUAAGAGCUGUUCUGUCUCUAGCUUAUACUUUCUCUGAUAACUUAUUAUAGACUUAUUGAAACUUAAAUAUUAAUUUUGGUUUCUCAGCUCUCGUACAGAGAUAAAGUCAGCUAAACAGGUGAUUUUAAACGUCAGAUAACUAUCAGAAACUUUACCGGUAACUUUUUUGCUAAUUUAACCAUAGGGAUGUUGAGACCAUUUAACAGGUAAUUGGUUUUUAAUUCCAAUUCAAUCAUUGAAUUAAAAAAAUAGUGACGUCACAAUGUAUACAUAUACAACUAAUAAACUUCAUAUACAAAUACGUUGACUAGUUGGUGUCAACAUGACUAUUAGAGUCAUUUCAAAUCAAAUUUAAAAUAAAUAAAAUUACAGUUGUCAAGUCAAAAUCAGUAAAAUAACACAAGUCAUAAUAAAUACGUCGGGUAAGGUAAUUUAAAAUUGUAUAGCGAUCUCUUGUGAUGUCAAAGUCAAGUGUAUGUCAAAGUGACAAGUCAGAAAUGUCAUCCAAGUCAAAGUGUCAAAGUAAGGUGUAGUAUAAAACCAUGACAAGAAGUGGAGUUGUCCUUGAACGACAAAUAAAGGUCAUAGCACACUUGUCAACCCGGAAAGGGAUCAAGGCGAGGCGUUUACGUUACGAUGCGGACAAGUGUACGGAGUUUCAUACAAAGAAUACUAACCGCCUCGAGUUGAUAUAGUCACGAUCCGUUUUCGGGUUGAUAAGUGUGCUUCGUCCUUAACAAGUAUUAUCUUUAUAGCAUGACUAAAAAGUAUUAAAAAGAAUGAGAUAUCUAGCUUUUUUAUGUAAAGUAAGGUACGCGGCGCGAAAUAGGGGGCGUUGGAUUGUCUACAUUGUGUAAUAUACAUAAUUAAGUUUCGUUAAAGUGGAUGUUCUUACGCAACUAAGUAUUGCGUGGCUAAAGUAUACAUUUUACAAUUUGUAUACAUCGAAAUUCGAAACGUAUACGGCUACACAUAUUCGUAUAGCUUCUGAGCUGACAUAUACUACUUGUUAAUAAAAAAAAGUAUACACUUCACGUUUGUAUACAAAAAGUUACGGUGUAUACAAAAAGUGAUGACAAAUAUCGUGUUUCAAAUCAUGAAAACGUUUUAUCAGAAAAGACAUAAUUAUACGAGCAGUAUACCAUAAAUAUUUAAGAAAAUUAUAUUAGCAUAGAAAUGGCUGAGCAAUAAUUUAAAAAAAUGGACACAAAUUAGUAAAGAAAAUCAUAGAAUGGCAAAAAUUAUGUGAAAUUAUGUCAUUUAUUGCCUAUAGAUAUUGAAUACCAAUCAGUAUUUAAAUGUUAUUGAUAUUUUAAUAGUUAUUGCUCAGUCUGUACCGCGUAUACGUAAUCCAUACCUCAAAUAUUUUAAAUUGUAAUAUUUAUAAAUGUAUCAUAAACUGAAAAUUGUACAAGGCUGAUUCUGCUUUGAAGAAUAACACAUAAGUUUGGCAGAUGCAAUCCAUUCCAAAUAUAAUAC